CGUGUGAUUUCCUCUGUUAAUCCAGCGAGUCAACCCCGGUGAUUCAGAAUACCCUCCCUCUCUCUCUCUCUCUCUCUCAAUCCCCAAAACACACACAGUCGAAUCCAGCGAUUUUUCAGACUAUAUAGGAAUACAAAGAUCAACAAAUUUCUCAUCUUGAUUGAAUUUGAAAUCCAAUUUCCAAUUUAAUCGUUGAAUUUGUUUCCAAAAAAACCCUAGAAAUGCAAUUCCCCCAAAUUUGAAUGAGAGCCUUAGCCCUAGCCCUAACCCUAACCCUAACCCCAAUCCUUCGUUUCCUCUAAAUGUGGCCGUUUGCAGAGAGAAUCAAUCGAUCGAUUUUCUGAAUCAGAGGGCCGAUCAAUCAAUGAAAUUGUCCCAAAAACCCGAGAGAUGACAAUUCCCCAAAUUUGAAUGGAAACCCUAGCUUUAAUCCCAGCCACCUCCGAAGGUGGUGGUUUUCCGAUCAUCUGGACGCUCCGUCGCUUCUCUCUCUUCUUUUCUGGUGGCUGAGCACCGGUGCUUUUUCAAUUUGUUUUCAAGUUCAUUCUGUUUUUGGAUUAUAGAGUUUGAUUUGGAGCUUGUCAAGGAUCGUCAACAGUACCCGUUAUUAGAGACUAGAACGAGAGUUUGUCAACUGUGAUUUUGGUUACAGAUAGCAAAAGAGAACAGUUAGAGAGAGAGAGAGAGAGAGAGAUGGGCAGUUCGGAUAAGGGAACAGGUGUGGUUGAUUGCAGCGUUGGAACAAUUGUCUGGGUUCGGCGACGGAAUGGCUCGUGGUGGCCUGGCAAGAUUCUCGGUCCUGAGGAGCUCUCAGCUGCUCAUCUCAUGUCUCCGCGAUCUGGGACUCCAGUAAAGCUUCUUGGAAGGGAAGAUGCCAGCGUGGACUGGUACAAUUUGGAAAAGUCCAAGCGUGUGAAGGCAUUCCGAUGUGGUGAGUUUGAUGAUUGUAUUGAAAGGGCUGAAUCUUCCCAGGGGAUGCCUCCAAAGAAAAGAGAGAAAUAUGCACGUCGGGAAGAUGCUAUUCUUCAUGCUCUUGAACUUGAGAAGCAGCUGCUGGAGGAUAAGUAUGGUAAAGUAGAUUGUUCUUCUAAUGGUAAGACCAAUAAAUCUUCUGAUGCUGUGAAAAAGGAGUUAGUGACACCUUUAGAAUCCUCGGGUCAUGGCAAUGGAAGACAUGUGCACCCCAAAUCACAUUCGAAGAAACUAGAUUCGCCCCUUGAGGACAAGAGCAUGGAUCAUCCUCUCUAUGCACAAAAAUCCAAAGAAGGAGGUCAACUGGCAGCGGAUGAGGAUAAUUCUGAAGUAAUACCCCGGAUGAGAGGUUUGCAUGACUUAGGUCUCAGGAUUGCCCCUUCAAAACGAAAGCUUUCUUCUUCCGUUGCUCUGAAUGGCUCUCAUAAACCUGAACAUGAUAAUAAUGCCCAUGCCAUUCCUAGCAGCAAUCUUAGCACAGAAAACACGGUUCAUGCCAACAGUAAAAGUUCUUUAGAUAAAAAGAGAAAGUCGCAUGAAAUGUUGCCUGAUGAAUCCCUAGUUAAGAGACGUGAUAGGCGCCGUCCACUUGUUCAAGUACUGCAGAGUAGUGCAAAGUUGCCAGUUCAUGACUCCUUGAAACGUGAUAAUGAUACUAUUUCUAUCCUUGUGUCAGGAGAGGAGCAGACAGGACAUGCAAAGCCGAGCAAUUGUGUUUACUUUCCAGGCGAGUCUAGUGAUUGUUUGGAUGACAAGAAAAUUUGCUCCGAUCAGAUUGCAAUGUCACCUUCCCGCGUCGAAGUGAGUAAUUCUCCUCAUCCUGCUGCUUUGGGUGAAGAGAACACUUCUGAAUCUAUGGAAAAUACUGAAACUGAUUCUUCUGAGACUGAUUCUCUGGAUUCAGAUGCAGAUGAGGAGCUGGAACUUUCAGAUGCUGCUGUACUCGCAGAAUUGGAACCAAAAUUUAUGGAAAGAUCCGGAGCACAAAUUCAACAUGGAAACAUGAGCAGUGAGGAGCCUGAUGACUUAGUACGUGCCAAUGAUGCAUCUCACCUUAGCCCGCGCAACCCUGUUUUGGCUAGUAUGGGGAUGUCUGAAUGGCAACUGAAAGGGAAGAGGAACAAUCGUGGUCUUCCCAAAAGGCCCAGUGAUGUAACUGAUAGAAGGGUUUCGAGAGGUUCCAUGUAUGGAACAUAUCUUGAAGAGAUGGAAAGCAAUGGUUGUGAUGAGCCUGAUUUAAUUGAAAAGAACUUUAGGACCCAAAGACGUGCAUUUGACAACCGUGAAUAUGUGUUAACCUCAAAAUCCACAUCCAAACGUUCAGAUGAUAUCACACACAAUAUAAUUGAUUGGGAUGAGUUGGCUUGGAAUGAAAAAAGAUACUGGGAGGAUUCAAGCAAUUACUUUGAUCCUAUAUUUGUAGGCCGUCAUAAUAUUGGUGGCAAGAUGAAGUCCAUGUUGAUAGAUGUGGAUCUGAAGGUUCAGUCAAGCUAUCAAAGAGAGCAUGUCCCUAUGAUUUCUUUGAUGAGUAAGUUAAAUGGUCAGGCAAUUGUGGGCCACCCCAUCCAAAUUGAAGCAAUGGAAAAUGGUAUGUCUGAAAUUCUUCUUUCAGCAGCUGAUGAUAUUUGCCCAGAAACUUUGGAUAACGAUGCUGCACUUUCUCCAGUGUGGAGAACUGCAAGGAGGACGGCCAAUUUCCGUGUCCCACGCUUAAAUCCAUCAGCAACAGUGGACGGAGAAGAAACAGCAGAGCAUUUUCAAUAUGUGGAUCAAGACAAGAAAGUACUAUUCAAGAAAUCUAAUGUGGGGAAUUUUGGUCACAAGGGAAGUAAGAUGAAGAAGAGCCUCCCUCAUGCUUCCCGUCCUCCAAUGGACCGGAAGUUUUCAAGAAAGGCACCGAAGAAGAUAAGCUUAUCUUCUAGCCAAAAGAUAAAAACUCUGUCGUCAAUUGGCACAGAACAUAAACAGAAACAGAAACUUGGUAAUGAUUCGAAACAUGGUAACAACAAUUUUCAAGAUGAUGGGCUGAUCAAAGGGGAGUCUGGACCCACUGCAGUAGCUUGUAUCCCUGUUAAACUAGUGUUCAGUAGGUUAUAUGAGGAGUUGGUUGGUCGCCAUCAAUAAAACCCGGUCAUGGGGGCUUCUGUGAAUGGCAAUGCAUAUUACAGAAAGUAAUCGGGAUUGGGAGGACAUAGACUGUGCAGACUGGGACAGCCUUCAAUAAUCCGAUGAAACCUCGUACAGGGCAGGAAGCCGGCUUGAUUCGGGAUGAUGUCACAGUUUCUGUACAUGGGUUUUUACCGAGGAAGCAUAAGAAAGAGAAAGUGUAGACUUUCAUUAGCCCAGAGUAGUUGUCUGAAACUUAAAUAGACAUUAAUGUACAUUGUAUUUUCUAAAGAAAUCAUGUAUUUUGCAAGGUUCUUUUUUAAUUUAAAUAUAUAAGAACCUCAGCAGUGGAUGGUCAAAUGUAGUAUGCAGAUCCGUGUUGUAGGUUAUAUACAUACAUGCUUUACUUUACUUUA